CUAUGGAAUUCGUAGUUCGAAUUGCUCGCUGAGGUGGCCCAUGCAUUUAGGGCCACCCAAUGGCAGUGUGUCUUCAGGGGCACGGUCAGCGCUGCAGCCCUUUAACUGCGCGACCGGGCCCCUGUGAUGACGAGAGUGCUAACAUCGAGCAGCAUGCAGGACUUGAAGGAGAGGAUGGGGCAGAGUGGUAGAGCUGGAAGCUCUGACUCCCAACAGCCUGAACCAUCCACUGGACCCCAGAAACUGCAAGUUAAAGACACAAGACUUGAGAAUCACAUUAUCUGGGAGGACGAACUCUAGCUGCGAACUUGUCUGGGCAUCUAAGAGAAUUGUUUAAUACAAUAGCUUAUAGUCUACAGUUAUGGGAUGCGGAACAUCCGUAAAGACUGAAAAUCAAACUAAAAAGUCAGAAAAAGCAAUAAAAGCAGCAGUUCUUAUUCAGCGAUGGUAUCGUUUCUAUACAGCCCGACUAGAAAUGAGAAGACGUUACACACUCAGUAUAUUUCAGUCCAUAGAAUAUGCUGAAGAACAAGCUCAGCUUCAGCUCUCAAACUUUUUUACAUUUAUGAUCGACCACUUUGCACAGGUGAAUGGCCCUGGUCCAGACUUGAUAUCUGAUAUUGUCAACUGCUCAAGAGAAGAACAAAGGCAACUUGAGGAUUAUGAAGUUCUUGAAGUUCCAGACUCUUAUGAUGGUCCACAAAUUUCAUUUCCUUUGACUGUGUCUGAUACAAACACUCUACUCCAUGGCCUUAAGCAAGAAAAGCAACUCCAUGCUCGAUAUGUCCUUCAGCUCUUUCAUGAAACACAUAAAUUUCUCAAACAAAUGCCAAAUGUUGUUCAUAUAUCUACAUCAUAUUCCAAGGAGUUAACAAUUUGUGGUGAUCUCCAUGGGAAACUGGAUGAUCUUUUACUUAUAUUCUACAAGAAUGGUCUUCCUUCGCCAGAGAAUCCUUACCUUUUUAAUGGAGAUUUUGUAGACCGUGGGAAGAAUUCAGUAGAAAUAUUAAUAAUCCUCUUUGCAUUCCUUCUGGUCUACCCCAAUCAUUUACACUUGAACAGAGGAAAUCAUGAGGAUCCCAUCAUGAAUAUGAGAUAUGGCUUCACAAAGGAAAUAAUGCAAAAGUACAAGAACCAUGGCCAGAAAAUGCUACAUCUCUUAGAGGAUAUAUACAGCCAGUUGCCUCUUGCGACCAUUGUAGACAGUAAAAUCCUCAUUUUACAUGGAGGAAUAGCAGAUACAACUGACUUAGAUUAUUUGACCUCACUCAAAAGAGGUAAGUACAAGUCUGUCUUGCGACCACCAAAGCCACAGAAACACAACAAACCAAACCAAAAUAAUACCAGUUCACAAAACACGAUGUCUGGCCACAAAACAGAUGGUUCUGAUGAAUGUUACUCUCCAGCACUGUUCUCACAAUCUAAAGGAACACAUAACAUGAUGGUGAGCACUGGACUAAGCCGUAAUAGUAUUCUUGAAAUACAUUACCUGGACUCAAAUAUCCAGAUGCCUGACACCGAACUGACAGCUACAGAAUGUGAGGAAUGGAAACAGGUUGUGGACAUAUUGUGGAGUGAUCCCAGAAACCAAAAUGGCUGCUUACCCAACAGCUUCCGAGGUGGAGGUUGUUACUUUGGGCCAGAUGUGACAGCAAAGUUGCUUGAUAAAUACAAUUUAAAAAUGUUGAUUAGGUCACAUGAAUGCAAAGAGGAAGGCUAUGAAAUAUGUCACAAUGGAAAGGUCAUAACUAUUUUUUCAGCUUCUAAUUACUAUGAUGAGGGCAGCAACAGAGGAGCUUACUUAAAACUGUGCCCAGCCCUAGCGCCACGAUUUGUGCAAUAUCAAGUGAAUAAAUGCACACGAAAACUUACUCUUCAUCAAAGAGUGAGUGCUGUAGAAGACUCAGCCUUUAGAGCACUACAGGAAAAAAUCUAUACACAUCGUUCAGAUCUCAUGAAAGCUUUUAGAGAGCAUGACCCAAAAGAAACAGGAAGAAUUUUUAUUAGCGAGUGGGCAUUAUCAAUGGAAGCAGUUUUACGUCUAAAUCUCCCAUGGAGAACUUUACGUUCUCGAUUAGCAAAAAUCAAUUCUGAUGGAACUGUGGAAUAUCUUUCAUGUUUUGAAGAUCUUCAAAUACAGCAGCCAGUUAAAGAAGUUCAACCAAACUUGAUAGAAACAUUACAAAGAUACAGGGCUGACCUGGAACUCGUAUUUAAUAUAAUUGACAAAGAUCACUCAGGCCUUAUUUCCCUUGAGGAGUUCCGUCAAACAUGGAAGUUUUUCAGCUCUCACCUCCAUAUUGACAUAGAUGAUGAAACUAUUGAUGACUUGGCUCACAGCAUUGACUCCAACAAAGAUGGCAGUAUUGACUUUCAUGAAUUCUUAGAAGCUUUCCGUGUGGUUAACAAGUUUGAUAAAAAAUAGGACUUGUCUGUGAGACUAUGAUUGAGACUUAUGGGAUAAGUAGUCUUCUUUCAUGAACAACAUUUAAUACAUACUGUUUCUUUACUACCUUAUACUUACUGGUGGCAACCGGUGAAUCGGCAUGUCAAGUUGGAAUAGUUGAUUCAUAUAGUAACAGCUGUUUCAAUUCUUUUGAGGUUUUUAAACAAUGAGUGUAAAAAUGAAGCAGGACCUCACUCAAAAGAAGAAGAAAAAAGGUUUAGCUGUGGAAUGCUGCUUUCAUUUAAUGUGUUCAGCACAACAACAUGAACUGCACUGUGCAAUUGUGGAAAAAGUGGAUACGUAAUGACCACAUAUUGUGAACAUAAAACUUGACAUGUUUUUUAUCACACAUACAUUUGUUUUUGUAAUCCUUUUUAUUAAUGUUUUGUAAUACACUCAUUUAAAUCUUAAACUGAAUAGGCAUUGAUAUAAACAUGCUUUUCAAAAAUGUUACAUCAAUUGUAAUAGCUCCCCAUGGGGUCUCUUUUCUAAAAAGC